AUGGAUCGUCAACAAACGGAACCAAUCCCAGUGAAGAAAGUUACUGUUAAGGACUUAUCGCAAAUACCAUCUAACCACGGUACAACUCCAGGUGGAACUUUGUUCAGUACUACUCCGGGUGGAACUCGUAUAAUAUAUGAACGCGAUUUUAUUCUCAACUGUCGCAACUCACCAGUUGCUCGAACCCCACCAUCUGACAUGAUAUACUUACCAGAAAUAACUCCUUCCAGCUUAAAUAAUGACAAGACAGUUCAUCCGUGUAAUGGUCACAAGGUGAAAGAUUCUCUAAAUGUGCCUGAAUCAACAUCAAAUGAUCAUAACAGACUCAGCAAAGGCGAAGAAGCACCAUUUGAAAUGGAUAUUUGAGGAAAUAAACUUUAAUAAACUAUAUAGAUGUCGCUUAUAAACAUUUGUAAUUCAGAUAUUCUCUAUUCUUUCGUUUACGAGCCAUUAUUAUUAUUAAUUUACUUUUGUUUUCAAUGAACCUGAAAACAAGCAAAUAAAUACAUAUCUCUUUUGCGUUUUGUAUUAUGUGUUCUUCACACGAGCGUUUGGCUUUUACUAAGCUAUAUUAUACGUAAUACGUACUCAUAAGUGAUAUUCUGAUCAGGUUUAUUUUGUUCAGUGCCCUGGUACGGUCAAGAGUGGGUAUAUAUAACCAUAUGGGUAAAGUCCGCUCCCC